AUGUCCUCCUCCCACGACCCCGUCAUCGACCCCAGCCUACGCGACCUACCCCCGCCAACGAGGGGAAUGAAACGCAAAGCCGCUGCCGCCGCCAAGGCGUCCCCCGCGCCCUCUGCGGGCGGGAGAGUGACGCGCCGCUCGGCCAAAGAGCAGCCUGCUCCCCUUCAACCACCCGAGCCGGCGCGCGGAGAGGAGGAGAACCUCAUCGGGUACGGACGGAAUAGGGAGGCAUCGACUACGAAACGCUCGAGACGAAGGUCACCGGAUCACCAGGCCGAGUGGUCGCACUCGGGUCCACUCGGGGGGAUUGAGAACCUCGCGGCGGCGGCCGCUUACCAGUCCAACCCGCCCUCAACGACGCCUCCCUCGACGACGGCGCCGCCGACAACGUACCCUUAUCCGUUCGGCCUCACGCCAUACCGGUAUCCGUGUCUGACGCCCCAUUUGCCGCAACCGCCCCCUGGAGAUCCUGCGAACCCUCACUUCCGCGCGUUCGAUCCCGCUGAGGCGGAGGCGUUCCAUCAGAGCCUCGUGCAGAACAACCACGCGUACAGCACGCUGGCGUCGUAUCUCGACGACGAAAAGGAGAAGGCGUAG